AUGGGUCGUCUCCAGGAAUACCAGGUCAUCGGGCGCCAUCUGCCCACAGAGGCCAACCCCACCCCUAAGCUCUACCGAAUGCGCAUAUUUGCCCCCAACGAUGUCGUUGCGAAAUCAAGGUUCUGGUACUUCCUUGGAAAGUUGCGAAAGAUCAAGAAGGCGAACGGCGAGAUUGUCUCGUUGAACCAGAUCUACGAGAAGCGCCCCCAGAAGGUCAAGAACUUUGGCAUCUGGAUCCGCUACGACUCUCGCUCCGGCACUCACAACAUGUACAAGGAGUACCGUGAGAUGUCCCGGUGUGAAGCCGUACAUGCCCUCUAUCAGGAUAUGGCUGCCCGUCACCGAUCUCGUUUCAGGUCAAUUCACAUCCUAAAGGUCGUCGAGGUGGAGAAGACCAAUGACAUCCGCCGCCCCUACAUCAAGCAGCUCCUCACCAAGGACCUCAAGUUCCCGCUCCCACACCGUGUCAACAAGGUCACCAGCAAGAAGCUCUUCGCUGCCCACCGACCAUCAACCUUCUAUUGAGCGUCUUUUCUUUCGUGUGGUGUGGACUGGACUGGAUGGGAAGGGAUGAAAUGGCUUUCCGAACCCUUUCUGCAUAGCUUCAAAAAUGAAGUACAAUAUAAACGAAUCAAAAUACCUAACUUGCG